CUAUGUGGUGUAGUUCAGUUUAAAACGACAGACAUUGACAGUCAUAAUCGUGUCCAUCGAUCAUUGGUUAAACAACAACUCGAUGUGUAUCCCUUACCAGGAAGUGAUAUUAGCGUGUUUUGUAAGUCAGGCGACUGGUGAAACGAGAGGAAAUGGACGGUAUGGAACUGUGAAACAGAUAUUAUUGAGCAGAGACAACGAUCAUUUUAAUUGCGGAACACAGAAGAUUUAAGGAUAAGCAUUCGUUUCGAAACUUCUAAACCAACAUGUAAUCACACAUUCGUCCAUUCGGAGACGUAUGGACGAGGAAAUGAUGGAAACACCCAUUCGGAGUGAUCUUGUUCUGUACUCAAGCAAAUAUAACAACCCUUGACGUCACCACUAUGCCGAAAGCUAAAGACAAAAGGAUUUUGUCUAGAAUCAGCCCAACAAUGUCCCAGUCGAGUGAUUCUUUGUCAGGAGUCGGUUACCGUACAGGCUGUAAAAAAUCGCAACAUACAAGAAUGCAUGCAGAAACAAAUUUACGCAGUAUUUCUGACUUCCCACAGUUCCACCCUGUUACCAAGGAAGCGACAGACAGUAUUGCUCCAGUGUCAGCUUGUCUGUUAUCGUCUGACCAGCAGAACAUGUCCGAAAGUUUUACAACAGGAAAAAGAAAAAGGGAUGAUAUCGACCCAGGCAGUAACAAAAAUCCUAAAUCACACCAGAGCACGAAACAUUCGUUGAGAUCUGUUACAGAAAUGGUUAAAACCAACAUCAAGAUCCACAGGGCAGAGGAAAGUACAAGUUCGAGCAGCAGUAGCAGCAGCUUUGUUACUGGAGUACAUGAUCAUUUUAACUCGCCGAGCGUCGCUGGUACUUCGCAGUCUAGAUGUGCUAUUAAGAAAGAAACAGACAGCCAUUCUUUAUGGUCAUUCGAUGACUGGACAUGUACGAGUAGCAGUAGCAGCAGCAGCAGCAGCAGCAGCUUCAUUACAGAGCGGAAUCCCGCAAGAGCACCGCAUCAGGUGGUCAUAAAGGAGGAGCAUAUCUCAGAUGACCAGCGUCCCCAUGUUGAAUACGAACAGCCAUCACAUCGGCAGCGGAAUCCCGCAAGAGCACCGCAUCAGGUGGUCAUAAAGGAGGAGCAUAUCUCAGAUGACCAGCGUCCCCAUGUUGAAUACGAACAGCCAUCACAUCGGCAGCGGAAUCCCGCAAGAGCACCGCAGCAGGUGGUCAUAAAGGAGGAGCCUAUCUCAGAUGACCAGCGUCCCCAUAUUGAACACGAACAGACAUCACAUCGGCGUAACAAUAAAGCAAGAGACAAUGAUUUGCAAUACAACAAUAAAGAAAGAAGCAAGAUCAGGACGACAGGACACGAGUUUCCAGCAACAAAAAAUAAAGCAGGAGAUGACAAUGGACAGCUCGACACUCAAGCUGGAAACAAGAUCACGACCAACGGACACAAGUUCUCAGCUACACAGUAG